CAGAUUAUUGCGGAGGAAAACAAAAAUGGCGGACGAACAGGAACUGUUGCAGCUGGAGAACUUGUGCAAGCAGCUUUAUGAAACUGCAGAUGGCAACAUUCGUGCUGAGGCAGAGAAGGCAUUGGUGUCCUUUGCCAACUCUCCAGAUUGUCUUAACAAGUGCCAGUUGUUGUUGGAGAGAGGAAAUUCUGCAUAUGCACAGUUGCUUGCAGCUACCACCCUGACAAAGAUGGUGUACAGACCAAAUGUAACGUUGCCAUUAGAGCAACGUGUGGAUAUCCGCAAUUACGUUUUGAAUUACCUUGCAACUCGACCAAAGCUGACUCAUUAUGUUUCACAGGCCCUAGUUCAGCUUUUUGCAAGGAUUACAAAAUAUGGGUGGUUUGAUGUGAACAAAGAGGAAUUCGUUUUUCGCAAUGUUGUGAAUGAUGUUGGAAAAUUUAUUCAGAGUGGUUCCACACACCAUGUGAUGAUUGGAGUCCAGCUGCUUUCUCAACUCGUGUGCGAGAUGAACCAAGUUAGUGAGUCAGAAGCCAGUCGCUCACUUACAAAGCAUCGAAAGAUUGCAUCGUCUUUUCGUGACACUCAGCUGUUUGAGAUCUUUCAACUAGCUUGCUCCCUGCUCCGGUCUGCUGCUGGGAGCAUCAAGUCUCUAGACUUGAAUGAUAACAACCAGCACAGUCUCCUGUCCUAUUCCUUACGGCUUGCACACAACUGUUUGACUUUCGACUUCAUCGGAACAUCAACAGAUGAGUCAUCGGAUGAUUUGUGUACAGUUCAAAUCCCUACCAGUUGGCGAUCAGCCUUCCUUGAUGUAAGCACACUGGAACUGUUCUUUGACUUGUACAGUGGUUUACCCUCAUCAUUAUCUCCACUGGCUCUGUCAUGCUUAGUACAAAUUGCGUCUGUGAGGCGGUCACUAUUCAACAACACAGAACGAGCCAAGUUCAUCAACCAUCUUGUCGUUGGGGUCAGGGGAAUUCUGGAACGCCCUCAGGGACUGUCAGAUCCAAACAACUACCAUGAGUUCUGCCGUCUGCUAGCUCGCCUCAAAUCCAACUACCAGCUGGGGGAGUUGGUAAAAGUGGACAACUACCCGGAGGCCAUCAAGCUCAUCGCAGAGUUCACCAUCACAAGUCUGAGGAUGUGGCAGUUUGCACCAAACAGUGUUCAUUACCUGCUGAGCCUGUGGCAGCGCAUGGUGGCGUCUGUGCCGUACGUCAAGGCCACGGAGCCUCACAUGCUGGAGACUUACACGCCCGAGGUCACCAAGGCUUACAUCACAUCUCGCCUGGAGUCUGUGCACGUGGUGGUCAGAGAUCAAAUUGAAGAUCCGUUAGAUGAUCAUGGAAUGGUUGCACAGCAGCUAGAACAGUUGUCUACUAUUGGUCGUUGUGAAUAUGAGAAGACUUGCUCCCUCCUUGUCCAACUCUUUGAUGAAUCCGCCCAAAGAUAUCAAGAAAUGAUCUCAUCCGGACCUGCUGUGGAAUUAGCCGUUGAAGAAGGUCGGCUAACGUGGCUUGUUUACAUCAUCGGGUCUGUGAUAGGUGGCCGCGUCUCCUUUGCCAGCACAGACGAGCACGACGCCAUGGAUGGAGAGCUUGUCUGCAGAGUGCUACAGCUAAUGAACCUGACAGACUCGCGGCUAGCUCAAGGGGGCUGUGAGAAGCUUGACUUAGCUAUACUCAGUUUCUUUGAGCAGUUCCGGAAAAUCUAUGUGGGAGAUCAAGUCCAGAAAACAUCGAAAGUGUACAGACGUCUUUCCGAAGUGCUGGGCCUUAGUGAUGAGUCUAUGGUGCUUAGUGUCUUCAUAGGAAAAAUCAUCACAAAUCUCAAGUACUGGGGUCGCAGUGAAUCGAUCAUCUCGAAGACGCUUCAGCUGCUGAGCGACCUGUCCGUGGGCUACAGCAGCGUCCGCAAGCUGGUCAAACUGGAAGCUGUGCAGUUCCUGCUCAACAACCACACGAGUGAACAUUUCCCUUUCCUGGGAAUCAACUCUGGCAACGGCGCCCCGAGUGACAUGAGGUGCCGGACCACGUUCUACACCGCCCUGGGCCGUCUGCUGCUGGUGGACCUCGGGGAGGACGAGGAGAGGUUCUACCGCUUCAUGAUGCCUCUCACAGCACACUUCGAGAGCGUUGGAGGCUUGUUGGCGAAUGCGAAUGUAUCCAUAAACAUGGAGGAAGCUAAGAGGUCGUUGAUUGGCCUGGCUCGUGACCUCAGAGGCAUCACUUUUGCCUUCAGCAAUAAGACUAGCUAUAUGAUGCUGUUUGAAUGGAUCUACCCGUCUUACACCCCAGUGUUACAAAGGGCUGUGGAGUUAUGGUAUCACGACCCCUGUGUCACCACACCAGUCCUCAAACUGUUCACAGAACUUGCACAAAACAGAUCUCAACGUCUACAGUUUGAUGUGUCCUCACCCAAUGGAAUACUUCUCUUCAGGGAGAUUAGCAAAAUGAUUGUGUGCUACGGAUCAAGAAUUUUAACCAUUGGUGACAUUCCAAAAGACAGAAUCUACCCAAUGAAGUUGAAGGGCAUCUCAGUGUGUUUCUCCAUGCUGAAGGCUGCGUUGUGUGGGAACUACGUGAACUUUGGCGUGUUCCGGCUGUACGGGGACAGUGCGCUGGACGAUGUGCUGGCCAUGUUUGUCAAGCUGCUUCUCUCCGUGCCACAGAGCGACUUAUUGGACUACCCGAAGCUGAGCCAGAACUACUACGGCCUGCUGGAGUGUCUGGCCCAGGAUCACAUGACUUUCAUUAGCAAUCUGGAGCCUCAGGUCUUCCUUUAUCUGCUCUCCUCCAUCAGCGAAGGGCUCACAGCAUUAGACACGAUGGUGUGUACUGGCUGCUGUGCCACGCUAGACAACAUCAUCACCUACCUGUUCCGGAGGCUUGUGAACAAAAAGAAGAAAAAUCCUAAUCAGGUACCAGACAGUGAAGCGUUCCUCUGCAUUCUGGAACUACAUCCUGAAAUUUUACAACAGAUGCUGUCCACAGUGUUGAACAUCAUUAUGUUUGAGGACUGCCGGAACCAGUGGUCCAUGUCCAGACCUUUGUUAGGCCUUAUUUUGCUCAACGAAGAGUACUUUAACAAACUCAGGAGCAACAUCAUUUCCAGCCAGCCCGUGGAGAAACAAGAGGCUAUGGCCAACUGCUUUCAGAAUCUGAUGGAUGGGGUAGAGAGAUCUCUGCUGGCCAAGAACAGAGACAGAUUCACCCAGAACCUGUCUGUGUUUCGAAGAGAUAUCAACGACUCAAUGAAAGCCCCCAGCAACAGCCCGUCGUCUGACAUGAUGAACUAUGGAUAGCAGCUAGGUUGUUCCUUUAGGCUCUGAUUAUUUGUGAAUUUCUAGUUGCAUUCGUUGCUUAAAAGCCAUGAUUUGACCACAGAGAUGAGAGAGAAUGAGAUAUGAUACUUCGACUGGAAUGUCUGCUGAGGUUUGUGUGUGUGUGUGUGUGUACUACUCGAGCGAGAGUGUGGUGUUGUUUGGAGUAGAUCUGUGGCCGAGAGCCCGCUGUUGCUUUGAGUUGUAGGCUUCCUGCUGGUGGUUCUGAUGAUUUGCGUGCCGUGUGGGUCAGGGCAAGCUUCGCACAAAUCAAAACGUGUUUGAUAGUUCAUUGAUGGGAAAAACGACGAUACACUUUUCUUCUGAGUCUGAGCUUUUUUUUUUUUUUAGUUAGUUAGAUUGACUUGAACAAUACAAGCGCUGCAGUAAUAACUCUCAUCUUGAUAUGUUAGAGUGAUGAUGCCAGGAGCUGAAGUCUUGGAGGAAAAGAGCUUUUUCACAAGAUCACCUUGUUGUACAAGACUACAGUGAUGUACAUAUGUAGAACAGCUUUUUCUUUUUUAUAUAUAUUGGGAAAAAAAAGCAAGUUUUUCUCUACGUUUUUUUUUCCAAUCAGUGUCAUAAUAGCCACUUUAUUUUCAAAUCCAUGAUGGUCUUGGGUUAUUGGAAGGGUAGGUGAGGGCUAAGGUUUAGGUGAUGGUUUUGCUACAGUGGGCAAAGGUUACUGGUUCAGAGGCAAAGGCUUUCUCUUUAAGACAACUAUAGAUAUAUGGUGUCAGUUAUGACUUAAAGAAUUUUUUUUUCUUUGUCGUGAUCUCUUGGGUUGCGGGAGUUGAUCAUUGGUUGAUGAGUGUGGGUUCUGUCUCCUGUCGUUCAUGGUGGUCCCUCCAAGGUGCAGCUCCCUCUCUAUAAAGGUCCAAUUUCCGGUGAGCUUAUCUUAGGGCGUAAAGCAUUUUGUCCUUAUAAUUAUCACUUUGUGGUCAUUUGCCGCAAUAAUGCGAAGGUGAAAAUGAUCUGUUGGGGUUACUUUACACAGUUCUGCGACAGGCCCGAAAAAUCUGUCACGGUCGUUUUCCUGGCUGGGUGACCAGACAGGGGGGUAUUUUAAACUGCUGGCUGUGUGGUUGCAAAGUGUUAAGACUAUGUUGCCAUUGAUCCCCUCACUGCUGGGCCCUUGAUGUUGUCCUUUUUGACACCGCAGGACAGUCUUUGGCGAAUCAGUGAGGGGACCAGGCAUUUUGGAUCUCCUGAAACAAUGGAUGUAAUUUGGAGAGGGCACCAUAAUCUCAUCUGCAUCCUCAGGUUGUUCUUUGAUUCAUUUAUUUGCUAGUCUUUGAUCAUUUAUGCAAAGUGGGAGCCAUUUCUUUUUCUUUUAGUCAUUUACUGAAUGAUUUGAAUUACCAGGGUUUUGAGUCAGUGCAUUGUGCUAAUAAGCGUACUCAGUUAUUCACUUUCCUUGUUAUUCAUUAAAGGCAGCAUUUAAUUUUGUCUCUCUCAGAGCUUUCAUUUCUUCGUAGAGUAGCUUUGUGGAUGAAACAACCACAAUGGAAUCUGCUUAUUUUCUCAUUUUGUCUCCCACCGCAUCAGCUUAGUUGAGAUCUUCUUUGAACUGUUGUCGAGGAGGGACAUCAAUACAGUAAUGUAAACCUCUAGGGUCUUUUUUAAUGAUAACCCCCAUGAUAUUGCCUGUGCGAAGGGCACCAGAUUUUAAAUCUGAAAGUACUGGAUUGAAGUUGAACUAAAUUUAGGGUAUGCUAUCUGUUCUGAAAUAGCAAUAUGAAAUUGUGUGUGUUUCAGUUAUAGCAUGACUUUUCUAUUCUGAAACUGUAGCCUAUUUGAACUGUUAAAGUACAGAAAGUUGUAAUGAAUGUAUACUUUUGUUAACUUCUUCCAAAGUUGUAAUAUGGCCCUUGAAUCUAAAAACUAAUAAAGUGAUGUGAAAGAUGGAGAAAAAAAGCAUGUCUAAUAGUAACUGCAAAUAGCUUUGAACUGCAGUUGAAUAUCAGAUAUUUCUAAUUUGGUCUUGAUGGAAUGCUGAUGGUGUUGGAAAGUGAAUAUUAGUACUCUUCAGCAUCUCUUCAGUGGUAAGAAAAUAUGUCGGCACACGAAUAAGGUUAGUAAGGGUAACUUUAUGUAAAUGUUCAAUGCCUGUUUUAAUUACUGUAGAAUAGUAAUAAUGCUAAUAACAAUUGCAUUUUUAUAGCGCUUCUCCAUGCUCUACAGCAUACUCUAUGUGCUGUACAACAAUUGUCCCAGUAGACCCUAGAACACUCAGAAACAUUCUCGGCUGCCCCGGAAGCAGACAGUGCAAGCUGCGGAUUGCACAUGCUAAAAUACUAACAAACUGACGAAACCUUUCGCUGUCUAUAGCUGGGUAUCCAUUCCCACCUGGGUGAAGUGGGGAAAAUUGUGGAAAGUGCUUUGUCAAGGACACAACGUUGGGCCCCCCCUAUGGGAUUCGAACACUCUACCUUACUGUGGAGAGUCUGGGAGCCUAACUACAAGGCCACUGAUGCCUCAAGUAGUUUGAACAGUGUCAUCGAACUUCAUUAUGGCCAGAAUGUAGUAGCCAAUCUUAUUCUCAGUUGUGAAUAUUUGCUCUUGGUAGAUGUUUUAUGAAAAGUUUCUUGUGUGUGCAGAUAGCCGUUUAUGAUUCAAGAGUUUGUCGUCCACAUCUCAGCUUCCAGAGAGACUUUGUUGCGUUAUUCCACAGUAAAUCUCAUAUCGAAGAAAAAAAAAGUUGUGUGCUUUUUCUAUAGAAGAUUUUACUUUUCCAACUCAUGUAUAUGUGUGCACUGUAUAGCUCAAUGUGAAUAAGAUUUUUUAAAUUAGAUUUACUCAACGGUUUUCAAAACAGUUAAAUUUUCUUUUGUAUAAAACAGGUGGGAGUGUAUGGAGUUUGUUUAUGAAGGUCAGUUGAGUCUCAGGACAAGGCGAGGAAAAUUGCACUGAGCAAAAAAACAAACAAACACACAAAAAAAAGUUUUAUCUUACUUGUCUAUGGAAUCAUCAGCUGUUGGCUCUAUCUAUACUUUUGUUGCCUCAUCACUCUAUUUGAAGAAACAAAACUGUGAUUUGAAUGAUCACAGAUUAUCUUUCAAUAAUAAUAUGUGAGGCAUGGUGGGGAAAUCAGGCGCUCGUCAAAAUAAGGAAAUCCAAGAAACAGGCACUCUUUUGCCAAUUUGGCAAUUUUUAUCAAAAUUUUGGUUUUUUGCUAAAAACCUUUCGUGUCCAUAAAAAAGCACAUUUACAUGUGAAUUUCACAGAAAAACGAAGAUUAAAGGCACAAAAUCUGUAAUUGUUUUCAUUUUCAGGGAAUCUCAAGCUAUUGAAAUUGUCAAAUUUUGGCGGCCACUUUCUCGCUAAUAUUACCACUGAAACUGGGUGACCCCUCCUCCUUCAAUCGCAAAUAUCUUGACCUCUAUUCAGGAUAGAUGGGUAUUUUUUUCAUCGAAAGCAACACAAAUAGACAAGCUUUAAGAUGAUACCAAUAACUCCAAAUGCCCCCAAAUUGACGAGCGCCUGGUUCCACCGCGUUGUGUCGCACAUAUGGCCGUAUUUGUAAAUCUACCAUUUUAUGGCUUUGCCGGUGUUCUCUGUGCUCUUUUAUAAUGAGGGUUGUUACAAAUUAGGAAAUGAAGCUGGAAAGUUGAAACAGUGUUUCAGUGUUUUGCAGGUGAGCUGGAUAAAUGUAAAAACAGAACAUUUUGCACAUAUCAUGGCUGGACUGCUGUAGAAUGCUGGAAGGCUCGGUUUGCUAAUAUUGUUCUCAUUUGUACUUAUAGAAAGCAUGUGUGUGUUGUCAGUGUGUGUGUGUGAAUGCUGCAGUGUUGUUCAAGCUUGCAACAUUUAUGUUGAGUUCCAACGCAUGAACUUUUUGAUAGAGACAAGAGUGUGUGUGUGGCUCAGCUUGUUUGAGAGAUUGUUGCUGGCUGUUGUAGUUAGGAACGUCUGUGUGGCUGGCAGUGAUUGUUUUUAUGGUAUGAUGAUUUCCUGUAUUAUGUUUCUUUUAUUUUGUGUUCAUAUUUUUGUGCGUUUACCGCCACAAUGAGAGAUGACAAGUUUAUAUUAUAAAUAAAUGAUGUCUUGUGAUGCUUUUUGAAAAAAA